AUGGCUCAACGAGCCUCGGCAUUCAAGUACCUUCAUAGAAAAAAAGAUACCCAAGUUACCAAAUAUAAUACAGAUGAAUUAACAAAUUUAUUAAUAGAUAAUGAUAUUCAUUCACCUAAACUACCGAACCCUGGUAAGGCUAUGGAUGAGAAAGGACAAUUGUAUAUUAAUGUUCAUGGCCUAUUUUGGAGGUUGAGUAAG